GGGUAAAAUGAGCUCUGAGGACGCAACGGCUCCAACAAAAACUAAUACCGACGACGAUGGCAUGUCUUGGUGGUACCGAUGGAUCUGCAAAAUCGCUGGUGUGCUCGGUGGCAUAUCAUGUGCAAUAGCAGGGGUAUGGAACUGUGUGACAAUUAAUCCUCUGAAUAUUGCAGCAGGAGUCUGGAUGGUUUUGACGGCGUUUGUGUUGUUCCUGUGUGAGGUUCCAUUCUGUUGUCAGUUCAUUGAGUUUGCUAAUGCAGUGGCGGCACGUGCAGACAGACUUAAGCCCUGGCAGAAAGCUCUCUUCUACUGCGGGAUGGCACUGUUCCCCAUUGUUCUGAAGAUGUCUUUCACCACUCUGUUUGGAAAUGCCAUUGCCUUUGCUACAGGAGUCCUCUAUGGUCUCGCCUCACUCGGGAAAAAGGGUGAUGCUGUGAGUUACGCCCGUCUGCAGCACCAAAAACAGGGAGAUGAAGAGAAGCUCACGGGAACGACUGAUGGAUCUGUGCCGUGACUCCUCCCUCUUUACCUCUCUUCACAUAACACCAUCUCUCCCUCCCUCUCUCUUUCCAUAAUCAGGCAUAUUUAUUAACUGAGACUGAAGCACCUUUCACAGAAUGAGUUCCCUUCUGUCAUUCAAAGCUAGAUUUACAAAUCCUGUCACUUUAAUGUGUUGACGUAUUUAUUUAAAACUACAGCAUCAAAGCUAAUAUUUGAAAGCAGAUCUCUGGGGACACAGAGCUGAUUUUUUUUUUUAAAGCUUGUGAUGACCAGUGCUCUGUGAAGGGGUUGGUGGUUUUGAGACUGUCAAGUCCUCUCAUUGAUGACAUUUUUAUUGUAUUUACAGAAACAUAAAUGGUGAUAAAGGGACAUCAUUCAUUCAGAUCCAACAAUCAACCUAUGUAUUUAUUGUACCCAUGGAAACAGCAAACUCAGGCAGUGCACCUAUUUUGGGAAUUUUGGCAAUUGGGAUUGUUUUUCAAUUUCCCAGAACUCUGUAUACCAAAACACAACAGGGAUAUACCUUAUACUUUUUAACUCACUUUAUGAAAAUAGACCAUUCUAGAAGUUUUUCCACAAAUCAUAAUGCACUUUUGCACCAUACAUCCAGUGAACUUCUGAGAAUCUUUGUUGUGAAUUGAGGGCUUUGAACAUAUAGCUUUGAUUUCUGUUACAACUGUGUUGCUCUGUUCAUGGAAUUUUCCAACUUUUCACUAUUAUGCUCUAAAACAGCUCUAGCUGAGUGUUGAGUGGAUUUUACUGUCUGUGACGGCUGACUUUGACAAUCCUAACAAUAACGUUCUCAUAGCUAGAAACAAUGAGGAUACCGGUCACAAAGGUCAGGAUUGUUAAAAUCUCAGCUAAAUAUACUCUCCUUGUGUCCAGCGAUAUGGAAAGUAAUGUUAGCAUGUCAGAACUCAAGUAUCAAACAGUGGAAUGCACCAAACCCCCAUUUUCAGAAUUACUUUGAAGUACCAACAAAAAUGGACCUUUCUUUUCCUUCAAAUAGCCAGCCUUUUGUUCUAAAACUUCAGCUGCAAAUGUAUUCUUAAUGUGGCUAACAGAAGAAAAGAGUGGAAUGUAAGUGUGCUAUGCUGCUCUAAAAACCCUCAUUGCUUCCUCUCCCUCUCUUUCUCUCUCUCUCUGUACUACAUGGAAUGGCCAUUUUCUGUUUCCAAUGUCCAUUCCAGAGUUUCUAACUCUAGGCUCUGAGGUGCAUAGUCUUUGUGCUUUAUUGAUCUAUGCUGUUGUGGAAUGCUUAUAUGUGUGUUGGGUGAAGUGUCUCUUGGCUGUGGGUAAAGUCUUUUUAUAAGUUAUUUUUUUGAGAUGGGCCUCAGCUUUUGCCUCUAUUCAGGGAUUAAGGUGUGUAUGUCUAUGUGAGCCUUUUUUCAGCCUGGCUUCACAUUGUCUGUCUAUUGGUCUGUUUCAUUUGAGAAGCUUUUUCUGAGCUGUCAGUUUGGUACAGAACUAAAAAGUGACUCAGCUAAUGUGUUACAAGUUGUGAUAAUGUGUGAUUUCAACCAAAUGUGGAUUUUGUUUGUAAAUUAGGGGAAUCCUUGUUUGUUUGAGAGUCCAGUCCCUAGAUCCUUCUCCAUCAUCCAUCCAUCCACUCAUCCUGUCCAUCAUUUGCUCUGAUUUGUACAAAUGUCUGGAUGAUAAUGAGUAAUCUGAACAAUGUGGCUGCAAUUUGAUUCUCAAACGUCCACUUCGUGUGGAGAAACUAGAAGAUAACAUUUUUAGAGUGCAACUGGAGCUUUUUAAAACAGGAUCUUGGUGUCUCAGGUCACAUUGCUUACAGCGAAAUGGUGGACAUUUAAAAGUAUGGUGGUUUCUUCCCAAGGAAUGCAUUCUUCUGCUCUCCCUACUCACACUCAUGCUGUACUAAGGUAUCUCUCAGACCUCAGGAGCCAGCACUCUAUCUCACCUUCCCUAAUUAACACCGUACCGAACACACUACAAACCAACUGACAUUCCAGUUAAACUCCUCCUCACUGACACCAGAACACUAGAGCUUCAAGGCAGCCAAGAACUUCUCUAAACCAGCAGAGACAAAUUGUUUCAAUCUCUCUGGACAACUUUUUUGAAAAAAUGCAUUGUCAGAUAUCAAUUUUAGUCACUUCUUUAUGUAACUGCUGUUUAUUUUCGGUACUAACAAAAUGUGAAUAGACGACUUAAGUGAAUAGGAAUAUCCAGUGUAUACCCUAUUAAUAUGAAAUAGUAUUAGCAGGCUAGUGUUAACAUUUUUAUGCUGUAUUUGUAGGGCUUGUACUCUUAACACAUGCCCUGAACAUACAGCACACUACUGAUCAGACUAGCCAUAUCACCGGAGUGGAAAAGCAUUUUAAACAUUGUCUGCUACAUUAACAGGUACUGGGUUCCUGUUUCCUCAUGAACUCUCUCAGACGUUUUUAAAUGUAUUUAUUUAUUUUCACCGUCAGGGAUGUGUGCAUGCAUUUCUCAUGUAU